AUGACGGUGGAGGCGACGAACGACGGGGAUGAGAACGCCGAGGAUCACUCGCCACGGCUUCAGGUAAAUUUGGAAACGUUUCGAGUCAUCCCGUUUCAGAAGUUGCAGCAAAGUCGCUCGAUGUCGACGAGCUCCGGCCGCCUGGUGCCGAUCACCGACGACUGCGACGAGGUGUUCGCGGUGCACAACGAGGUGGUCGACGAGCGGCCGCGCAUGGACCCGGCUCGAGUACGUUGUCUCAUGGAGACGUGGCGACGGGCGGCUCGCCGAGCACGCACCAACUACGUGGAUCCGUGGGACGAGUUCAACAUCCACGAGUACCCGGAGCAACGCGCGAAACGCUACCGCUACUCGGCGAUUCGCAAGCAAUGGACCGAGGACAUUGUGGAGGUGCGGCUCCAUCCGGACAGUUUUGCCCGUGGGGCCAUGCGCGAGUGCUAUCGCCUCAAAAAGUGCUCGACGCGCCAGGACUGGAGCAGCAAUUACGUGGCGAAAAAGUACAUUUGUCAGGUGGAUCGACGUGUGCUCUUCGACGACGUGCGACUUCAGAUGGACGCGAAGCUGUGGGCCGAGGAGUUUAAUCGCUACAAUCCGCCCAAGAAGAUCGAUAUUGUGCAAAUGUGCGUGAUUGAGUUGAUAGACGUCAAAGGCUCGCCACUUUACCACUUGGAGCACUUUAUCGAGGGCAAAUAUAUAAAGUACAACUCAAACUCGGGAUUUGUGUCCAACGCGGCUCGUCUCACACCACAGGCCUUCUCGCACUUUACAUUCGAACGUUCCGGACAUCAGAUGAUGGUUGUGGACAUUCAGGGCGUCGGCGAUUUGUACACCGACCCGCAGAUCCAUACGGUCGUCGGAACAGACUAUGGAGACGGAAAUCUCGGAACACGUGGCAUGGCCCUGUUUUUCCAUUCGCACAGAUGCAACGACAUUUGCGAAUCGAUGGAUCUCUCGAAUUUCGAGCUAUCGCCGCCGGAAAUCGAGGCGACCGAAGUGGCAAUGUCGGUGGCGGCCGGGCAGAAAAAGUCGUGUGUCGUGCCGCCGACAAUGUUCGAAUCGCGACGGAAUCGGCAGUCGAGCGAGUGCGUGCACGUCGUCGAACACGGCAUUUCGAUGGAUCAGCUGCGACGUCGAACGACCCUCAAUCACUCAUCCACCGAUCUUUCUGUCAAGGUUCGGAUUGACCUUAAAAUUUGAAACGCUAUAAAACUAGUUCUAAAACUGAAAAUCGUAAGUUUGCACACGAUUUCGAUUUUUUAACGAUUAUUUCAAGAAAAUUUGAGCUUUGCGGGUUUGUCAGCCUAGAAAUCCGCAAAUUGAGCGAUAAAGCGGGGUUGCGACCGGUUUUUGUGAAAAUCUCAAAAAUCGAUUGUCUUGCAGAAUCACAACGAAGAUUGCGUGUGCUCCGAGUGCAUUCCGGUCGUCGAGCAGCUGUGCGAACCUUGCUCCGACGACGAUGACGACGACGACGACGACGACGAAGAGGAAGAGUACCCACGAUCGGAAAGAUCGGAGACGAGCCAGAAGAGCCGGCGCUCUCGGAUGAGCAUCUCGACGCGCUCUUCCGGCGACGAGUCGAAUCGACCGCUUAGGUGCGGAUUCGUGGAUUUGAACUCGUUGCGCCAACGCCAUGACAGUUUUAGAAGCUCUGUAGGCACCUAUUCGAUGAACAGCUCGCGACAGACGAGAGACACCGAGAAGGAGGAUUUUUGGAAGGCGCUGAGGAAGCAAUCGGUGCCGGCCAACAUUCUGAGUCUGCAAUUGCAGCAGAUGCAGGCGCUGGAGGACCCCGAAGUGACACAAGUGACCCAUCCGUUCUCGAUCCUCGGACAGAUCCACAUCGACCUGGCCAGAUACCACGAACUCGGACGCUUUAUUGAGCUCGACUCGGAGCACAAAGAAAUGCUCGAUGGGAGGGAAAACGAUCCGCGGACGGCGGUGAUGUACGACAAACAGUCGGCCAUCUUCCAUUUAGAUAUCGCGAGAAAGUGCGGGAUUUUGGAGGCGGUGCUCACUUCGGCGCACAUUGUGCUCGGGCUCCCGCACGAAUUGCUCAAAGAGAUCACCGUCAAUGAUUUGUUCCCCGACGGGUUCGGCGAGCAGGAAAAUGGCAUUCGAGGUGAGAAAAUGCUGGAAAGAUCGGCCUAGACUUUUCGAGGCCUUCACUUGAACUUACAGUUCUAGAAUUUCCGUAUCUCUCGUGCCCAAUUGCUACAAAAUUGACUUUUUUCGACAGAUCUCGAAGAGUUUGGCUCGGAUUUGAUGGAAAUCGCCGCCGAAAUGGGCGACAAAGGGGCGAUGCUCUAUAUGGCGCACGCCUACGAAACCGGACAAAAACUCGGACCCAAUCGCAGCACCGACUACACGAAAUCGAUUGAUUGGUGAGCGAAAAAGGGGGCAACAUUGUUCUUCUCCAAACAAUCACUUCAUCGUCUGCAGGUACCAACGCGUCGUCGGAUUCCAAGACGAGGAGCCGGAGGCGUCGGACGGCAACUCGAAGACGACGUUCUCCUCGUUCUCGCCACUUUCUCGCCACGAAAUUCUCGCGAAAAUGGCGGAAAUGUACAAAGAGGGCGGAUACGGACUGAAUCAGGACUUUGAGCGAGCCUAUUGCCUGUUCAACGAGGCCGCCGAGGCCGCGAUGGAGGCGAUGAACGGAAAAUUGGCCAACAAGUACUAUGAAAAGGCCGAAAUGUGCGGAGAAUAG